AUGCCUCCACCGUCUUUAUCCCAAAGAGCGCAAAACCGGCUCGAGAAUGAUCUAUAUACGCGAUACACGAUUCCAUCAACACGCAAAUUCUACGACGCGAUACAUAACCCGGACGGGGUCAUCAAUCUCGCGACGGCAGAGAACGGGCUGAUGUGCGAUGAGUUGUUGAAGUAUAUGAAUGGGCACUGUGAUUUGACUAGGAACCAUUUGAAGUAUCGCGCAUCCCUCCUCAAAUCCCACACCCCCUCCCUCCUCUCCGCCCUUCCCCUCUACAUAAACACCUACGCCCAUCCUCUGACCCCCGUGACCUCCGAGCAGGUCGUCAUCGGCCCCGGCCUAGGGUCUAUAUUCGCGCAUUUCGUGUGGACGGUGUGUGAUGAGGGAGACGGCGUGUUGCUCACCACGCCAUUCUACGACGAAUAUGAACGCGACAUCAUCUACCCCUCGCGCGCUCAACUCGUCUUGGCACACAUUCCGGCCUCUGUCGACCCGCUUUCUAUCGAGUGUAUUCCUUUCAUCAGACAGACGAUCAUUGACUCUCUAGAAAAUUCUGAUGGGGGAGGGAAUGGGAACGGGAACGGGACGAAGAUAAAGGUGUUGUUGUUAUGCAAUCCGCAUAAUCCACUGGGGAGAGCGUAUCCUGAGGAAACGGUGUUGGCGUAUGCGGAGAUCGCAGAAGAGUUCAACCUACACCUCCUCGUCGACGAAGCCUUCGCGAACCAAAUCUUCCCCAGCUCAUUCAUUCCCUCCCCUACGCCCUUCACCUCCAUCCUCAGUCUCGACCUCAAUGGUUCAGGCAAAUGCGACCCCUCGAGAAUGCACGUCGACACAGCGAGAGUGCACGUCCUCACCGGCCCCACGAAAACCUUCGGCGCCUCAGGCAUCAAAGUCGGCGCGCUGGUCUCACAGGCGAACCCGGUGCUGGUAGCGAUGUUGAAUGCGGCGCUGAGGGCGACGCCGGUGUCGAGUGCGGCGGAUGGGUUGAUGACGGGGGUUUUAUGUGGGGAGAUUGAGGAAGAGUUGGAGAGUGAGGAUAGUGGGAAUCGGAAUGGAGAGGGAAAGGGAAAGGGUGAGAGUGAAGAGCUGGGGACGGGGCUGGGAGGGUUCGCGAGGUGGUUUUUGGAGGAGAAUAGGAGGCGGUUGAGUGUGGCGUUUGAGUUGGUGGGUGCGUGGUGUGUGUUCCAUAAGAUCGACUUCGUCCCGCCCUCCGCAGGCGUCUUCUUCCUAGUCGAUUUCGACUCGAUCAUGCCGAAACAUGGACCCAGUUCAGAUGGCUCCGGCCUAGGGAUGCUGCUGUCGAAUGAAGAGAGGUUGGAUAAUGCGGUAGCUGCGAUGCUUGAGCAGGGUGUGUUUAUCCGUCCGACGAACACGUAUGCAGAUCCGAUCCCUACUCGUUUUCGAAUGACGUUCACGCUUCCGGAGAACGAGAUGAAGUUGGCUCUGAGAAGGAUCGACAAGGCGUUCAGGCUGCCGGAGUGCCCUGGUUUAACACUUCCACAGUGAAUACAGGGUAAUAUGAAAUUCCAGCGAUAGGAGAGGUACAAUCAUGGCCAUUUUCACUCAAGCGAUAUACAUAUAUUGAUAAAACGCGUAUUUUGACUGACUAUCCCGAAUUUUGUGCUGAUUAUCGGAGCAUUACUUGCGCAUGGUUGCAUGACCUUCCGUGCUCGAAGCAUUGCGUGCUGGUGUUUCGGAUUUUUCCCUGUCUCUAGGAUAUAUCUCCGUCGUUCGUCGAUUCUUAACAUUGAAGUCUUGUUCACGGUCACCUCUUCUACAUCCCUUACG